UUAUUUUAAACAAUCUAUUUUUGAAUUUAAAUAGUCGAUAGGUCGAUUGCGGAACCGAGAGUUCGAUUGUUCGAUAGGUAGCAGGCCUCCCAUGGUCACACUGGCGCAACCGGCAUUUGUUUUGUUUUCGUAGUAUCUUCAGCUUUUGUUUUUUUUUUUUUCAAAAAGAUGCAUCCCCCGCCAUGCUUUACAUUCUAGACGUUUUAGUGGACUUCCUGGAUGGGCACCUGCUGCGACCACUAACCACCGUGAUCGAUGCGGUGAUCGCCGGUGUCUACUACUUCCUGUGGGUCAGUUACUUUAUCGGCUACUGCCUGGUGGAGGGGAGCACACAAGUAUGGAAAUUUUUGAGGUUCGCCGCUAGCGGGAUACAUCGCCAUUACUCGGAUCUGUAUUACACCACGCAGGGUGUAACGGAGUACUUUUACCGCGGCACAACCCACGGCCUGCGCAAUGUCCGGGAUCUAUGUCAGUCCGUGGGUCUGUUCCUAUGCAAUCUUCUCAUCGAGCUCGGGAAUUUCGUGCUCUGGGUGCUGAUGCUGCUGCCGAGGUUCUUAAUGUUCAUCUUCGAUUGCGUCGUGGAGUUCGUGAUGCACUCGAUUGUGGCGCGCGGCCUGAGCCUGCUGAACAGUGUAUUCCGGCUCUCUAUAGGUUUAACACUGCUCCUGGUCCUUUAUAUGUUCCGACGCUACGUAUACCUGCUGCUCAUCUACCUGCUUCACCGCGCUCGCUUGGAGAUCACAACGAAGACGCAGAGCGUCUAUCUGUGGACCGAUCAGCAGUUGACGCGCUUCAAGGAAAAUAUGCGCAAGGAGCCGGUGAACGCCUCUCCACCCCAAGGAGGAGGAUGUGUGAUUUGCCUGGAGCGCAUCAGGACCAUCGUUAUCAUGCCCUGCCGGCACCUCUGCCUGUGCUGCGAGUGCUGCGAUCAACUGAUGCUCCGCUACGAGAACCGCUGUCCUGUCUGUCGCAACGACGCCGUCCAAUAUCUCUCGGUCUACGUGUGAGGACUACUAUCUUUUGUACAUAGAACGAAAGACUGUCAAUUGGAAAUUAGAAAGUAAGGUAACAUAAACAACACAAAAAACUCAAUCUUACGGGCAAUAUAUAAUAAAUGUAUGAAAUAAGGCCAAAGAGAACUAUUGAUCUAAUAUAAACCACCAGAAGCCGGACUAUGAUCAACAGGUGAAUCAUUAAUUUCAACCCAUGACAACAUAAUCUUCAAGAAUCGAUAAACGUCGCCACAGAAAUAACAAAGAUCGUACAACUAAAUUAUUUUCUGUAUUUUAUUUCAAACCAAUGAAAAUAUACGUUUUG